UCCUGAGUAGCUGGGACUACAGGCACCUGCCACAACACCCGGCUAUUUUUUGUUGCAGUUUGGCCGGGGCCAGGUUUGAACCCACCACCCUCGGUAUAUGGGGCCAGUGCCCUACUCACUGAGCCACAGGCGCCACCCCUAGCUAUUUUUUUUGUUGCAGUUUGGCCAGGGCCAGGUUUGAACCUGCCACCCUCGAUAUAUGGGGCCUGUGCCCCACCCAAUGAGCCACAGGCACCACCUGAUAACACAGAUAUUUAAUGUUAUGUUUAAAUUGCCUAUGGUAUUCAGUACAGUAACAUGCUGCAUGUAUUUGCAGCUUAUAAGCAGUGGGCAUAUAGUUAAGGUGUGUAGUAGGCUGUCCCAUCUAUUAAUAAGUUUGUGUAAAUGUGUUCUAUGAUUUGGGCACAAUGAUGAAAUUGCCUUAAUUAUGCAUUUCUCAGAACAAAGCCCCUGUUAUCCUCUGGGGAUAUGUUCCAAGACUUCCAAUGGAUGCCUGAAACUGGAUUGUGCAGAACCCUGUACUACCCUGUUUCCCUGAAAAUAAGACAGUGUCUUAUUUUAAGGUGUGCUCCCAAAGAUGCGCUAGGUCUUAUUUUCAGGGGACGUCUUAUCUUUCCUGUAAGUAGGUCUUAUUUUCGGAGGAUGUCUUAUUUUCGGGAAAACGGGGUAUCUAUGCAUGCAUACUUAUGGUAAAGUUCACUUUAUAAAUUAGUCACAGCAUAUUAAUAGUAACUAAUAAUAUAGAACAAUUAUAAAUUAUGUAAAUGUGGUGUCUCUUUUCCUCUCAGAAUAUUCUAUGUUUUGUACUCACCCUUCUUAUAAGAGGUGGAACUGAAUGGCACCAGAUUUCCUAACACUGCUUAAAAUGGUACACAAUUUAAAACUAAUGAACUGUGGGCUCUGCACCUGUAGCUCAGUGGCUAGGGCACCAGCCACAUACACUGGGGCUGGUGGGUUCGAACCCGGCCUUGGCCUGCCAAACAACAAUGAUAACUACAACAACAACAACAACAAAAAUAGCCCGGCGUUGUGGCAGGCACCUGUAGUCCCAGCUACUUGGGAGGCUGAGACAAGAGAGUUGCUUAAGCCCAAAAGUUUGAGGUUGCUGUGAGCUGUGAUGCCACAGCACUUUACUGAGUGUGACAUACUAAGAUUCUGUCUCAAAAAUAAAUAAAUAAAUAAAACUUAUGAAUUGUUUAUUACUGGUAUUUUUUAUUUAAUGUUUCUCACCAAGGUCAUGUAGGGUUACAUGAAUAAGAGGAAGAGAUUUCUCCAUUAAUAAGAGGAAGAGAUUUAUCAUACAUACAGGGGGAAUCAUGGAACGAUUACCCACUAUCCCAGUGGGAUCCAGAUUUUUUUUUUUUUUUUUGAGACAGAGUUUCAGGCUGUUGCCCUGGGUAGAGUGCUGUAGCAUCACAGCUCACAGCAACCUCUAACUCCUGGGCUCAAGCGAAUCUCCUGCCUCUGCCUCCCAAGUAGCUUUGACUAUAGGUGCCUGCCACAACACCCACCUAUUUUUUGGUUGCAGCCGUGGUUGUUUGGUGGGCCCUGGCUCGAUUCAAACCUGCCAGCUCAGGUGUAUGUGGCUGGCGCCUUAGCCGCUUGAGCCACAGGCACCGAGCCAAGGGAUCCAGAUAUUUUUAUAUCAUCUUUUUAGAGGGGAGGGAGAGAUGAGGAAUAUAAGUAAUUCUGUUUGGGGGCAAUAUAUGGUUGCUAGGGAAGAUGAAUUAAGGGAAGUAGAUUGACUUGUAACUAAUUCUGUACAAAUUAAACUGAGAGGCAGGUAUUAUAUUUAAAAUUAUUUAGGCCAUAUCUGAUUGCAUUUUUGUUCAUAUUUUUCUUCAAUAAAUUCAGAUACUAGGGGAAGGGAAGUCAAUUCUUUGUGAUGGGCCAGUCCCAUUUAUGCAGAUAGAGGGAAAACUCUAAUGCCUAUUGGUCUCAAAGGGCCUUUAAUUCAAAAAUUUUUUGUACCAAGGAGACAUAUUUUGGAGUGAAAUUUCCUGAGCUGAAUUGACUCAGUGCGUAACUGAAACUACAGAUAGUAAAACCACAGAUAAGGGAGACCACUGUGCCUGGGUUUUAUGAGAUGGCUUAGGGUGAGAAGACUUAGAGUGGGGUUUGUAGAUAAGGCUCAAAAUGGAGCUGGUUACUGAAUAGACCAAGGGAUUAUCAGAUUUGAACUUUCAGCCCCACCUCUGUCCUCCAGGGAGAAGAGGGGAACUGGAGAUUAGGUUAGAUAAAAUCUUGAACAAUGAGAUUCAGGAAACCUGCAAAUUGUGAAGACUUGGAAAUGUGACCUAUCCACAGAGAGCAUGGAAGCACCCUGUCACCCCCUUCUCUCAACCUUGCUAUAUACAUCUUUUAACAUUUGGCAGUUCCCGAGUUGUAUUCCUUUAUAUUAUAAUAAACCAGUAGACAUAAGUAUUUGCCUGAGUUCUCUGAGUAGUUCUAGUUAAUGAUGGAACCUAAGGUCUUGGCAACUCCCAAAUUUGUAGCCAAGUUGGACAGAAUUACAGUGGCCUGCAUAUUGACUAGCAAUUGGCAUCUGAAGUAAGGGUAGUUUUGUAUGACUGAGCCUUUAAAUCUGUUGGUUCAGAUGCUAACUCCAGGUAGUUAGUACCACAAUAGAAUUGAAUUGUAGGAUACCCACUUGUUAUGAAAGAAUCAGAGAAUUGGUGUUGGAAAAGAUACUACAUAUUUUAGUGUCAGAAAGAGAACCAUAGAAAUCUCUAAUUUUUAAUGAAGUAUCACAUUCGCAUAAAGUCUCAAAUGACAGGUAAGAAACACCCAAAUUUUCAAAAGCUUUUAUGGAAAUUUUAAUCCUAUGGUUAGUAAUAGCUAAGUCUUAGCAUUGGACAUACAGUAAUGAAUUUGAUACCUAAUGACAACACUAUGAGAUGGCUACCAUAAGUGCUUCCAUUUUAUAGAUGAAGAUAUUCUCAGGUUAGGUCUUUCUCCAGUGUGACACAAUGACAAGAGGUAUGCUGAGGACUGGAUCUGAGGCCAUAAGAUCGUCCUGAGGUCACCCUUCUCUGAGACAAAAUGGGGAAAUGAGUCUUGCCUUUGUAAAUACCACCAUAAUCACCUUUAUCUCAUAGCCUCCAUCUUCCCACAGAGUCCUGUGGCAACAAAAGGGAGUUUGGAGCCAUCACAGAGACAGUCUCACUUUAUCGCCUCAGUAGAGUAAUGUGGCAUCACGGCUCACAGCAACCUGCAACUCCUGGUCUCAGGCAUUUCUCCUGCCUCAGCCUCCUGAGCAGCUGGGACCACAGGUGCCUGCCACAAUGACCAGCUAUUUUUUUGUUGCAGUUUGGCUGGGGCCGAGUUAGAACCCGUCACCCUUGGUAUAUGGGGCCAGCGCCCUACCCACCGAGCCACAGGCUCUGCCCUAGCUCUAACAACUCUUGGUGGAACCUGGGGAGUUUCAGACAGGAUAACAGAUUAGGUUAGGUGUUAAUGAGAUCAACUGAUGAUGUCAUUUAGCUUGUGGUGGGAGCAGGCGCGGACAGGGUUUUGAUUAUGUAUAGGUAGAGAGGAAAGAUGUGCCUAGUGUUGAGACAGAACAGGUGACACUGAAUGGGAGGAGGGAUUAGGCUUCCUGUUUCACACAAGGUCUGGGUAGCUGAAAUUAGAAUAAGGGGUCAGGCCACAGGGGAAGGUCUUCAUAAUAGUGCUGGGACUGUAUCUGGCUUAGGUACAACAGAGAUGUGGCGUAGUGGUAGGUCCUGGUUGCACUUGGCAAGUAUUAACUGUGUCCCUUGAGCAGAGCAGCAUGUGUGGAAGCCUCUGUCAUGGAUUCAGAGGUGUUAACGUUGUAACAGUCAUAGUCUGGAGAUGGGAAGGAGCUGUGGUCCCAAGAGUGAUGUGCAAGUGGGAAGGGAGUGUGAGUGUAUUCAGGGUCCCUGUGCUCAGAGUUCAAGCUGGGAGGGUGAGCACAAGUUUGGGUGUAUGUGGAGUGAUAUGGGUCUCUAGAGAAAUUGACUAGCAGGACCAUGAGUGAGAUUCUACAUGCCAGGCUCAGAGCUAAGUUGGCACCACCUAUCUCCCCAAGUGGCAAUGAUGGUUAGAGAUAGUGAUCAGCAGGACAUGAGGAGAUGUCAGGUAUCAGUGGCAUGAAGAACUGAUAUUGCCCCUGAAUUCGGAAUAGGGAGGAGGGUGAUUUACUGGGGAUCCUAGGGAUUGAGUCUGCUCAUAAACUCACUUGCCCCUAUCAUAACAGAGCCAUGUGACCCUUGAGGAUAUUGUGGUGUACUUCUCCCAGGAGGAGUGGCAGUUCCUUGAUGAAGCUCAGAGAUGUCUAUAUCACAACGUAAUGCUGGAGAACUUUGCACUUUUGGCCUCAGUGGGUUGUUGCCAUGGAGUAGAGGCUGUGGAGGCCCUUCUUGAACACACUGCUUCCACAGGAAUGUCACAGGCCAGGACUCCAAAGCCAGGUUCUUCCAUCUCAAAUGCUCACCCCUGUGAGAUGUGUAUCCUGGUCAUGAAAGACAUUUUGUACCUGGCUGAGCAUGAGAAAGCACUUCCUGGGCAGAAACCAUAUGCUGGUAUGGCAUAUGAGAAACACUUUUCAUUUGAUUUGAACCUACACCAGAACCAAUGCAGUGGAGAUGAACACAUCAAAACAGUGGAAAAUAGGGCCUUGCUAGUAAAUACCUACAAAAUCCCCAUGUUGAGCAACCAUUUUAUAUACAAAGAUGUUGAGAAAGAUUUCCUAGUCAGCCUGGGCUUUCUCCAGCACCAGAACACCCACACUGAAGAGUAUCCACAUAGAAGCAGAGAUACCUUUCAUACUCAGCAAAGGCAUUAUAAAUGUAACGAAUAUGAACAAGUUUUCAAUGAGAAGGUUCGUGUCUUUGAGCAUCAACAAGUUCAUACUGGAGGAAAAGCUUAUAAACGUAGUAGUACAUGUGGGAAAUCCUUGAGCUGUAACUACUCACUUGCUCAGCAUCAGAGAACCCAUAAUGGAGAAAAGCCUUAUGUUUGUAAUGUAUGUGGGAAAUCUUUCCUCCACAAACAAACACUUGUUGGGCACCAGCAAAGAAUUCAUACUGGAGAAAGGUCUUACAUAUGCACUGAAUGUGGGAAAUCCCUAAGCUCCAAAUACUCACUUACUGAACACCAGAGAACCCAUAAUGGAGAAAAGCCUUAUGUGUGCAAUGUGUGUGGGAAAUCAUUCCGCCACAAACAAACAUUUGUUGGUCAUCAGCAGAGAAUCCACAGUGGAGAAAGGCCAUAUGUAUGCACUGAAUGUGGAAAAUCCUUUAUUCAAUCCUCCGACCACAUUCGACACCAGAGAAUUCACACUGGAGAAAGGACUUAUGUGUGCAAUGAAUGCGGAAAAUCCUUCAUUUACAAACAGUCACUUCUUGAUCACCAGAGAAUCCAUACUGGAGAAAGGCCUUAUGAAUGCAAUGAAUGUGGGAAAGCUUUCAUCCACAAAAAAAGACUUCUUGAGCACCAGAGGAUCCACACCGGAGAAAAGCCUUAUGUGUGUGUCAAAUGUGGGAAAUCAUUUAUUCGAUCCUCUGACUAUAUACGACACCAGAAAAUUCACACUGGAGAAAGGGCUUAUGAGUGCAGUGAAUGUGGGAAAACCUUCAUCUGCAAACAAACACUUCUUAAGCACCACAAAAUCCACACUAGGGAAAGGCCUUAUGAAUGCCAUGAAUGCAGGAAAGGCUUCUACCUUGAGGAUAAACUUCUUCAACACCAAAGAAUCCACAUUAGAGUACAACUUUAUGAAUGCAAUGAAUGUGGGAAGGGCUUCAAGCACAAAAAAAGACUUAUGGAGCACCAGAAAGUUCACACUGGAGAAAAGCCCUGUGAGUGCAGUGAAUGUGGAAAGUGCUUUAGACAGUAUACCAGCCUCAUUCAACACCAGAAAGUUCACACUGGAGAGAGGCCUUAUAAGUGCACUGCAUGUGAGAAGUCCUUCAUCUACAAAAACAAACUUGUAGAACAUGAGAGAAUCCACACUGGAGAAAAGCCAUAUGAGUGCAGCAAAUGUGGGAAAGCCUUCAACAAAAGAACACCAGCACGGCAUCUCAGUGCUGAAGAUUACCAAGCUGUACUAAAAGACUAAGAUCUAUCUAUUCUAAGAAGACUGCUUUACUCUCUCUAAGACUCUCUCUCCAGCUAAAGUAGAUAGCCUUCAGGCACCUAAGAGACCUGAGCAAAGUAACUUAGCGGUCUGUGUCCGGAACCUAGUUAAGCUGGGCCCGAGACCUGUCCAGUCCUGGGCCCUGACAAGUGGUGUCAUGAAUGAGAUGUGACACUAAUCCCUACAAAAUUGUUUGGGGGACUUUGAAAUGCUUCUCUACACAUGAUUAAAGAACCUGAGAAACACCAGGAAGAAGAAAAAAUUGGGACUCACCUGAGAAGAGCAAACAAGGUGAUCAACAUGCUGUUAGAGAAAGUAAACAAAUAAAAUGGAAUCAGGAACAAGAGUGAGGGUACUGUGCAUUUAAAACCGUAUUAAUAAAGGGAGUUUUAAAUAAAAAUCCAGGUCUUGAACAGUUUUAAGUGGCACACAUUUUAAUUUGGCUAUCCAUAUAUGGAUUCACCAAUCCUUAGAAAUAAAAUAGAAGUGUUGGUGGGAGGAUAGUCUC